GUGCGAAGACAGACUUUUAGCUCUCUUCUUUCUCAAAACCUCCAUUUCUUGUAUGCGAAAUUGCUUUAUCUGAUCAUCGGAGAGUGAAAAACCACCAAUUCUUCAACGGAUUUAAGUUCAACAUUUUCAGGAGGAAAAUCUACAGAGUUAUUGCAACUGCCAUGUACCAAUACCUUGCUGCGUAGCAGCAUUUUGGGGACUGAUCCCAUUUGGUUUCAUUUCAAAGGUUGCUUGAAGAGACAGCAAAAGUUGAGAUGGAUGAGGAGAUGAUUUUUUUGGACAAUGUUAUGCCAGUGGAGAUUGCACUUAAAAGGGAGCGAGAGUAUAGGCGGAAGGUAGAGGCAUUGCAAAAGCAGCAGCAAAGUGAUUCUAUGAAUGACACUUCACAUUUGAAGGGGCCUCUUCUAAGUCUAGCAGGAACAAAGAGAAAAGCACCGUCUACUAACUCUCAAGGAAUUUGUUCGCUGCAGAUUUCUCGUGACCAAGCCUUCCAAAAACAACCUGCCGGCCUUGUCUGCACGGUUUGCAAGGCGACCUUCUCUACUCUAUGUUAUCUCAAGCAACAUUGUGAAAGCCAAGCACACAAAGACAAAUUAUUACAGAUGAAAAAUGGGGGAUACGCUUUAAGCAACCCUCUAUUGUGUAAACUCUGUAAUGCCACAGGCUCUAGUAUAAUUGUAUUAGAGGGCCACCUUAAUGGGACGAAGCAUGCUGCUUCCCUACAAGAGCUUGAGAUUGCAAAAUUGGGGAGAGAGGGAGAGGCACAAAUUUUCAAUGAGAAGCAUUGGAAUUGAAGAUGCAUUUGUGAACAAAGUAGAAGGAAGGCCUGGAGAUUCAGAUUGUUAGCUAUUGACAUGGUCCUUGUCUUGCUUUUCUCCAAGUACUUAUCUUUUCAUUUGCUCCUUUAUUCUCUAAGAGGUAGCUGUUCCUUGAAUAAAUCUUUAUCUGACCUUGACUGACUCUAUCAAUAUACAGAAGUUUAUAGAUUUUAGAA